AUGUCGAGCCAACCUCUCCUCGACUUGGACCCAAACGAAGGGCGAAGAUCCUCCGUCUCGAGCGGCGCGGAGCGUCGACACUCGUACGACACUCUCUCCAAACCAGCCAAGUAUGCCAUUUCCGAGACGAGCGUAGGCUACGGCAGCGACGAAGAAUUCUUAGGGUAUGGUGGGACUCCCAAUCCGUUCCUGCUCCCCGGGGCCUCCGAGCACUGGAGAGAGGUGUACGAAAAGUCGGAAUAUGAGUGUCGGCACGUAUUCGAUCCAGAUAUGACCUGGUCCCCGGCGGAGGAGAAGCGUAUCAUACAGAAACUCGACUGGCACGUCUGCCUUUGGGCCUGUACCAUGUUUUUCGCCCUUCAGGUCGAUCGCGGGAACCUCACGCAAGCCGUAUCGGAUAACAUGCUGGAGGAUCUAGGGCUAAACACCAACGACUACAACUACGGUAACACGAUUUUUCUCGCGUCCUUUCUCGUCGCGGAGCUUCCUCCCAACUCAUAUCCAAAGCCGUCGGACCUGACCGAUGGAUCCCGAUCCAAAUAUGCCUAUGGGCGGGUUCAUCGCCGACAUCGUACUCUGGCUCAGCUACUUUUACACGUCGAGGAGCUCCCCAUCCGGCUCAGCUAUUUCUGGAUGACGCUGUCCGUGACCGGAAUCGCCACCUCCCUGCUGGCCUUUGCGCUGCUGCACAUGCGCGGCAUCAACGGGUGGGGCGGCUGGCGGUGGCUUUUCCUCAUCGAGGGCCUCAUCACGCUGAGCAUCGGCCUCGCGUCCUUCUUCAUGAUGCCGGCCUCGGCGGUGGAGACCAAGACAUGGUUUCGCCCGCGGGGGUGGUUCAACGACCGCGAGGAGCGCAUCGUGGUCAAUCGCGUGCUGCGCGACGACCCUUCCAAGGGAGACAUGCACAAUCGCGAGGCCAUCACGCCCAAGCGGCUGUGGGAGACCAUCAACGACUACGACCUCUGGCCUCUGUAUGCCAUAGGCCUCGUCGCUUACAUACCGCAUGGGCCCCCGUCCAAGUAUCUCACCCUGACGCUGCGGUCCCUCGGGUUCAGCACGUUUAACACGAACCUGCUCACCAUCCCCGUGAGCCUGUUCCACAUGACGAACCUCUUUUUGGUAACGAGGUUAUCGGAACGCCUCAACGAGCGCACGCUGGUGUCUAUGCUCCAGCCGCUAUGGACCCUGCCCUGCAUCGCUGCGCUGUGUUGGUGGCCCGGUCUCGUCGACGACAAGUGGGGCACGUACGUGCUCAUUGUCACGCUGCUCUCUUAUCCCUACUGCCACGCGAUCUUGGUGGCUUGGUGUUCCCGCAAUUCCAACAACGUGGCGACGAGAACGGUGUCUGCGGCGCUGUACAACAUGUCUGUCCAGCUGGGAAAUGUGGUGGACUCGUUUAUUUAUCGGGAUGAUGACAAGCCCUACUACCGCCGAGGCAACUCGCAACUCUUGCUCGUCAACGUGGCCUCGAUUGCCGUAUUCUUGCUCACAAAGGCCUAUUAUGUAUAUCGCAAUCGGCAGAGAGACAUCAUUUGGAAUAGUAUGACCCAAGAGGAAAGGGAUGACUAUGUGCGAAACACCAAAAUUGUGGGAAGCAAGAGGCUAGAUUUUAGAUUCGCCCAUUAG